UUCUCUAUUUCUAUUUUUGUUUUUUUUUUUCUUCGUUAAAGACUAAUUGCAAGACCAGAGCUACAACUUGGAAAGGAAAAAAAGACCAGAGCUACAAUUCAUCGACCUUCUCUUUGGUUACCGAGAAAAUCUAGGAAAGAUCCUUGAAAUUGUAGCAGUUAUGGAAUUAAUCAUUACUUGGGCAUAAGGAGGUUGUGAGCGCUUCAAAAUUAGUUGGGAUGUCUAUAUAGGCCUUAGCUGGUUGGAGUGAUUUCUUACUUUUGCAGUUCAAAUCGUCACUUGUGGGUCUCCAGUUCCAUAAGUGGUAUUGCUAAAAGCAGUUAUUACUGUUGAACCUGAUCUUGAAUGGAUAAGGAAGAGAAUGUUUCAAUAUUUACUACUGCAAGCCUUCCAUGGAUGACUGGAACAGCUGUCAAUCCUCUCUUUCGUGCUGCCUAUCUUGCAAAAGAUGCGAAGAGAAAGGUUACUUUGGUAGUUCCUUGGUUGUCUCUGAAAGAUCAACAACAUGUUUAUCCUGAAAAUAUCACAUUUAAAUCACCUUCAGAACAAGAGACGUAUGUUCGGCAGUGGAUUGAGGAUAGGACGGGUUUUGUAUCCACCAGUUUCAGUAUACGUUUUUAUCCAGGAAAGUUUUCUAUAGAUAAAAGAAGCAUUCUCGGCGUUGGGGAUAUUACAGCAAUCAUUCCUGAUGAAGACGCAGACAUUGCUGUCCUUGAGGAACCAGAACAUCUGACAUGGUAUCAUCAUGGCAAGAGAUGGAAAAGGAAAUUCCGCCUGGUUAUAGGAGUUGUUCACACCAAUUAUUUGGAAUAUGUGAGAAGAGAGAAGAAUGGACGAGUUCAAGCUUUUUUUCUGAAAUACAUGAAUAGUUGGGUUGUUGAUAUAUAUUGCCACAAGGUGAUAAGGCUAUCUGCUGCCACACAGGAUUUUCCGAGAUCUGUUAUCUGCAAUGUUCAUGGAGUUAAUCCCAAGUUCCUUGAGAUUGGAAAGAAAAAGAAAGAGCAAAAGAAAAAUGGACGCCAGGCCUUCAGCAAAGGUGCCUACUUCAUCGGUAAAAUGGUGUGGGGCAAAGGCUACAAAGAGCUACUUCAACUUCUCCAUGAUCAUGAGAAGGAACUAACUGGACUUGAGGUUGAUUUAUAUGGUAGCGGGGAGGACUCUGCUCAAAUUCAGGAAGCCGCCAGAGACUUGGAAAUAGCUGUUAGAAUUCAUCCUGGGCGUGAUCAUGCUGAUCCUCUAUUUCAUGACUAUAAAGUUUUCCUAAAUCCAAGCACCACGGAUGUGGUCUGUACAACCACAGCUGAAGCACUGGCAAUGGGCAAAAUAGUUGUUUGUGCCGAUCAUCCCUCAAAUGAAUUCUUCAAGCAGUUCCCGAACUGUCGAACAUAUGAGAAUGACGAUGGGUUUGUUAGAGCUACAUGCAAGGCAUUGACUGAAGAGCCUGCUCCGCUAACAGAUGCACACAUGCACAAUCUGUCAUGGGAAGCUGCCACGGAACGGUUUGUAAAGGUUGCUGAGCUUGACCGGUCACCAGAAGAGAAACCAGUAACAACCCGUUCAAAGCUUUUUAUGUCGACAUCUUUGAAUUUGCAGAGGAAAUUUGAAGCUGCAUCUGCAUUAGUGCACUACGUGGGAACCGGGCUCGUGGGGUUGCAACCGGAUGAACAGCAACGCAGAGAGCUUGGCUUACCACCCCCUCCACCAAUUUGGGAUUCUUGACGGUUUAUUGUGCUGAUGCUGCUUUGGGAGUAAAUUUGGUAACUAUUUGUUAUCAUAUGAUGAAUGCUGCCAUAGGUGCAGUGUAUACUGUUGUGUGUUGUUGUCUGUAAUUGGAAUUCUACAAAUUAAGGAUGGGACUUGGGUACAAACUUAUUGUGGAACGUGGAUCAUGACGAUAGUAAUGAAGGAAUUGUAUAUGUAAUAUAAUGUUUGUACUGCAA